GAGUCAUCUUUCGCCAUUUCGGACCAUUGAUGACUCUGAAAGUGAAAGUGAUGCAGAGUCAAUUGAAGGUGAGGAAAAAAUCAGGAAGCUUUCACAGGACGAGGUUAACAUUCGUGAUGAAUAA